GUGUGUGAGAGACACAGAGAGGCAGCCGAGAUGAGAGUGUGAAGCAGUGAGAGGGAAAACCUAGAAAGAAACAGUGAAGGCGAUCAGAAAGGGGGGAGGGAGACAGUGAAGACCGCCAAAAGGCAGACCACAGAAGAAGAAAGAGAGAAAAGGGGAGGGAUAAGAAAGUGUAAUGUGGAUGUACGUGGUAGUCCUGGGACCAAAGUCAAGAGAUGCAAUGACUAGAUGACCAGCCACUUCACACAUCAGCAUCCUGUCCUGGAGCCCUGACAGGAGGGGAGAAGAACACACACGCACACGCACACGCACAUGCACACACACACACACACACACACACACACACACACACACACACACACACACCCACACACACACACACACACACACACACACACACACACAUCUCUGCAAGCACUCCCAGAUCCACUGGACCAUGUCUUCUACCGGGUCAACCAUCCACAACAAGCGUCUGGCAUCGGAGACCGACAACUCUCAGCGGGUGUUGGACAACGAUUCUGCUCAGAACUUGAAGCGAAAAGAGAGACAGCACUUUUUUGAAGACUUAUACCAGCAUGACGUGGACAACAACUUGCCUUCUGCUCACCUGCAGGUCAGCUUUAGGAAACCCCCUAUGGGAAGUAUCUCUUCUAUGGAGGUUAAUGUGGACGUCUUGGAGCAGAUGGACCUGAUGGACAUCUCUGAUCAGGAGGCCCUGGACGUCUUUCUAAACUCAGGAGCAGACGAGGGAGCGCUGGCAUCUCCACUACCAGACUUGGAGGAUGAAGAGGAAGAUGAGGAGGAUGACGAUGCAGAGGUUGUGUACAGGGAGCGAGCAUCUUUGAAGCGACAAGAUGAAGUUCAGCGUGGAUCAAAGUUUCGCAUGUCCUCCACAUCAUCUGGUUCGAGUGACACCAGCGGGGGUGGAGCCGACACACCUGUGAUCCAGUCGGACGAUGAAGAAGUCCAUGCCGACACUCUGCUGCUAACCUCUGUUCCCCACACGAGGGAUGAAGAAACAGAGGAGGAAGACGAGGAGGAAAAAUGCCUUGCCACUAAAUCUCCAUAAAGACUGAGUUUUACUCUCUGUAGAGAUACUUGAGUUAAAACAUUUUUUAAAUGCCAUCCUUAUUUGUGGGGAGAACCCUAGCAUGGUUGUCCUCGCUGUUAUUUGCAUUUACAUUCUCUUGAAUCUUUCCCUGAUUAUAUUGAAUUUUUCUUUACAACUUAAAAUCAAUUUUCCUAGUAAGUGUUAAACACUGUAUUUAAUUACUGUAAUUAAUGUUUAAACUGUUGAAGUAAUGAUCUUUCUUAAUAUGAUCAAAAUGAAUCAUGUCAGCAACAGUGAACGUAACCCCCCGAAACUUGAAUUUCGUUUUUGUUUCAUGUGCAUGAGCAAACUAUUUACAGUAUCAUAAAUGGAACUGUUUGUAAAUGCAUGCCAUUUCGUUCUCGUUAGUGACUACAUUACAUGUUUUCAAUUGUCUGUAACUGCAGAGUGUUGCAUUACUGUGCUCAAUCGGAAGUCUCUCCUCCACAGCAGCUGUUCUCUGGGAUUUGGAUACAAUAGACCAGUGGUUCCCAACCUGGGGGGCGCGCCAAAUAUCGCAGGGGGGGCGCCAGGCCUCAGAUGAUUUGAGGCCAAAUAUCAUAUUUAGACUUUAAAAAAAAAAAAAUUAAUAUAAG